UUGUUUUUAGUCUUUUGUAUUUCAAAAUAUUACCAUUGAUAUCUUCACUGAGAAACAAACAAAUUAUUCUGAUUAUGUCUGCUUACUCUAAAUCGCUUAAAAUUCUGAGAAAAUUUAUAAGAUUAUUUUUUGAUAAUUACCAUAAACAGCGGUCGGCUAAAUAAUAUCAUGUCUUAUACAUUCUGACCCAAAACUUUUUUUAUCAUUCGUACAUUAGUAUUUAUAAGUUAUCACUUAGACCCAUGGUUAUUAAUCACCAAUUAACUUGUUGAUAAGUUGAGAUCAUUUAGCUCAACAGUGAUGUUACUUAACUAAAUAUUUAUUUCAUUUAAUACUUAAUUACUGUAACACUCAGUUAGUGUUUAAAUUUUGUGUAUUGAAAUGCAAUUAUUAGUGAAAGUUAUAAAAUUUAUAGAAGACGUUCUUGUGUGAAAUGAAUUACUAAAUUUGUAAAAUAUAAUUUUAUGUACCGAUAAAAUAUAAAAAUCCGAUUAUUGAAAAUUAAUAAUCUUUCAAACUUCAAAGAUGGAUUCUAAGGUCGACAUCGAGAAGAAAAAAAAUCCACGAGAAGGUGUUAAUCCCUUAAAUGCUUUAACAUUUGCAUGGACUUUAAAAAUCUUUUGGGAAGGAUACAAAAGAGACUUGGAAAUCGACGAUCUCUGUAGGCCGUUGAAAGAGCAUAAGAGCAGUUUAUUAGGUGAUAAGUUGGCUGCAGCGUGGGAAAAAGAAGUCAAAAAAUGCAGUGUUAAUAUAAAAUCUAACAAAGAGCGAGUACAAUCAGACAAAGACAAACUAAUUGAUAAUGAGGCAGAAAAAACACCUAGUUUAAAAAAAGUAUUAUUUAAAGUUUUCGGCCCACGCAUCGCUCUUUAUGGAGUUGCAUUAGCUGUUAUGGAACUCGUUCUAAGGAUGCUACAACCAAUAGCGCUAGCAAGGCUGCUCCGAUUCUUCACAACAUCAGAAUUGAGUAAAACAGAAGCAUUUUUAUACGCUGGUGGUGUAAUAUUAAGUUCGGCGAUAAAUAUAUUCGUGGGACACCCUUAUAUGUUGGCUAUUUUCCACAUGGGUAUGAAAAUGCGCGUGGCAUGCUGUUCGCUGAUUUACCGUAAGUCAUUGAAGUUAUCAAGAACAGCUUUAGGUGAGACGACAACAGGCCAAGCGGUCAAUCUUUUGUCAAACGACGUCACUAGAUUUGACGUAGCGGCCAUAUUUGUUCACUACCUAUGGAUAAGUCCUGUUGCAACAAUCAUUGUAACUUAUUUGAUGUAUCAAGAAGUGGGUGUAGCUGCAAUAAUUGGAGUCGCGUCGCUGCUAUUAUUUAUUCCACUUCAAGGGUGGCUUGGAAAACAAUCAUCAACACUACGUUUACGUACAGCAAAACGUACUGAUGAGAGAGUACAUUCAACCAACGAGAUUAUCAGCGGGAUUCAAGCUAUAAAAAUGUAUGUUUGGGAGCACCCAUUCAGUGAUCUCAUAAAAGAUAUUCGUAAAAAAGAAAUGGGUAUUAUUAGAUACGCAUCUUUUUUACGAGGUGUCACUAUGUCAUUCAUGAUGUUUGCAACACGCUUAUCGCUAUUCUUCACAAUAUUAUCUUGUGUGUUAUCAGGCAAACAAAUUACUGCUGAAAAAGUAUUUAUGGUGGUAGCGUACUACAACAUUUUACGCCAGAUAAUGACAAUAUUCUUUCCUAUAGGAAUUGCACAAGUAGCUGAGGCGUUAGUGUCGGUGAAACGUCUUCAGACAUUUUUAAUGUAUGAAGAAAUCGAGUUGGAUAAUGGAAAUAAUAAUGGAAGCGAUAAAAAUUCAAAUAAAAACGAAAAUAUCCAAAAAGAUAAUGUUAUUGUGACGUUCAAAAAUUUUCAUGCUAAAUGGUUCGAUGAAGACAGUGAAGAUACACUGAAAAGAAUCAAUUUGCAUAUUGAGCCAGGACAAUUAGUAGCUAUUGUCGGCCAAGUCGGUUCGGGUAAAACGAGUCUACUCAAUGCUAUUCUCAAAGAACUUCGAGCUCAUACAGGUACUGUUGAUGUGUAUGGUAAAAUUGCUUACGCAAGUCAAGAACCCUGGCUAUUUGCUGGCUCAGCGCGUCAGAAUAUACUGUUUGGACGACCAUGGGAUGCUAAAAAAUAUGAUAAUGUUGUCGGAGUAUGCCAACUGAAGCAAGAUUUCUUAUUGCUUCCGUACGGCGACAAAACUAUCGUCGGCGAACGCGGGGUGAGUUUGUCUGGUGGACAGAGAGCUCGUAUUAAUUUAGCUCGAGCUGUUUACUCUGAUACGCCGCUGUUUUUGCUGGACGAUCCACUGAGUGCAGUAGAUGCUCAUGUCGGAAAACAUUUGUUCGAAGAAUGCAUCGAAAAGUACUUGCAUGGUAAAACUAGAAUACUUGUCACUCAUCAAAUACAAUUUUUGACUAACAUUGAGAAGAUAAUUGUGAUGAAGGACGGUGCUAUAACUGCAGAAGGUAGUUACGAUAAAUUAGUCGAAAUGGGAGUCGAUUUUGGACGAUUACUUGAGUCGGGUUCAGAGGAUGAU